AUGGGCAUCGAUAAUGGAGCGCCGUUCCUGCACCAAUCAAUCGCCGAGGAGCCUCGCAGCCUCGUGGGCACGGCCACCGACCCCGCUCGACUCCUGCCCAUCGAUGGUGAUAAACUCAAAGGUAGCUUGUGGACUUUCUGCACCGCGUGGUUUCACUCGAACAAAUCAAAAAACUUACCUACUUUGCGCCUCUCGGUUGCUUUCACCACGGCUCUUAGUUCUCCUUAUCGGUGCGUCCACCGCGUUUCGCGACAUCUGGAUCUCGACUGCCGGCAGGAAGCACGUGGCCGUUCGUUCAUCGACAUCGUGAUCGCAAGACUCAAGGUUCUAAAAAAAGAUCAAUCAUCUCUACAAGUCGUCGUCAUCCUCGACAACGCGAAAUGGCGACCCAAGCUCAAGGAGGCGACGGUUAACGUGCGUGCCGAACGGUCGACGAGCGUGCCGGACAGUGUCGACGUCCGCUUCGGCGACUUUCGCACAAAGCCGAUCUGCUUGUCCUCGGAAGAGGUACAGGUACUCCAAGAACGUCUACCCCAACCUUCGGCGCCCAACGUCAACUCGGAUCAGAUCCAUGUAUGGCGAGUCGGCUCGGGCAUGACUUUCGUCAUGGCUCGCACUGAAGCGGACACCUACAUGUGCGCAUCGGCACGACGUGGCCACAUCAUCGACGUGCGUCUCGACCCGCAAUCCACUUCGACCAUACGAUAAACGGAACGGCUUCUUGAUCCCAUCAACGUAGUGUUCGUAGUCGUUUUUGACAAUUCGCGAGUCCUUUUUGCCUUUUUGUUGGAAGCGGAGCCACAGCCGGGCGGUCGAGCGCGUCGCUGCGUUGGUCGCGAACUAGUCCUGGUACAACAAUCCCGACGUCUCGAUCGGCUCCGCGCUCGACCGCCCGGCUGUCGCUCCGCUUCCAACAAAAAGGCAAAAAGGACUCGCGAAUUGUCAAAAACGACUACGAACACUACGUUGAUGGGAUCAAGAAGCCGUUCCGUUUAUCGUAUGGUCGACCGGGAUCCUCCGAGAAGCCCAGCCGAGUCGACGAUUUGGAGCGCCAACUCCGUGAACGUGCCAUUGCGGCAGCUCCUGCCCCUAUCCCUUCCGAACGCCAAGCUCUCAUCGAGCGCCAGGACGUCCUGGAAGCGAUUCCGAGACGUCCCCAUCAUCGACAGUCGCAUCUGGCUACCCUCGAUCCACAGCCCGACUGCACGUCAAGAGUACUGGCAAGGCUGCAAGAGCAUUUGCGCAAAAAGUUUAGCUGCAAGAGCAUUCGCGCAAAAAGUUUAAGACCCAGGUGA